AUGAGCGUAACUUUAGUUGCUCUCGUUGCCAUUAGAACCUAUUUAAAAGUGAUUUUGAAUCUCUAUCUUGACACCGGAAAAUAUGAUCACAGGCAGAUUAUGGUUGCUUUUGAUUACCACUCACCGGGGAAAUGGUCAUUGACAAUCACGAUGUCAACAUUAAUAUCAGUUACAGCAAUAUUAUGCAUCUUUUGUUAUGGUUGUAUAAUUUAUACGAUAACGACUGUGGAACGACCUGAUGGUAUCGGUAUUAAUGAUGUACAACAAAAAAUGGCCACCAAAAAAAUUCUAGCCUAUACUUUUAAUUUUCUAAUUCAAUGGACACCAACUCUACCAUUUAUUUUUGGAGUAGCCCGAGGAAAUGAUCCGUUAUGGAUUUAUUAUCUCUUCAUUAUCUCUGUUAAUAUUGGAAGCAUAGCAAAUGCCAUACAAUAUAUUUGUCACGAAGGAUUCGGUAUAACCGAAAAUCAAAAUCAAAUGAUUUUGGAAUCGUCAAGUAAUAUUUAUAUGAAUUCACAAAAGAAAUCUAAAAGAAAACAUUCAAAGAAGAAAUUUAAUGAAGAAGAUGAUAUUGAAUUAGGAUCAUUUCAUCAUAGUGACAGUACUAGUGGUUGUGAAAUCAAUGGAACUUCACAAAUUUCCGUGAAUAUUAAAAUGAAGGAUUUGGAGAAGGUUAAAUGCGUUGAUAAAAAUUUCAUUUUAAGGGGGAUUUGA